CUCUCUAACCUUCACUUUCUGCGCAAAGCAGAAAGAGCUUUCUUCUUCUCCAUUUAUUGCAUUUUCUCUCCAAAUGUCUAAUUAAUGGUUUUGAUCUUCCAACCAGAUCUUCUUCUCUAUCUCUUCGACAAACCCUUUUUUCUGGGUUCUUCGGAGAGGUGAUUUAUCAAAAUUAAAAAAACAAAAAGGUCUUUCCUUUUUUUUUCUUUUUCUUCGCCAUGCCUUUACCUUGGAAGAAAUCUAAAUCUAGUCGGAUCUCUAGAUUCGUAUCAGACCUUCAACAAUCUCCUAAACAUGGUGGAUCUCUCGUUGUUGAAACUGGAUUCCCAACUUCUUUAAUCGAUCUCUUCGUUAAGAAUCGCGAUCGUCUCAAAAAACAAUCUUCAAAACGUAACAACAAGAACAACAAAGCCCAGACGACGGCUCAGACUCAAACGGUUCCGACAAAACGGCGUGUUUUGUCUCCGCCUCCUCCUCCUCUGUCUUUGCAGCGUCGUAUGUCUCUUCCUUCGAAGCUUGAUCCAGCUUUGGUUACAGAGGAUCCUCCUUUGGUGAGUAAGAUCGAGGAAAGUUUUAUUCCGGAGAAUAGACAUGACGGUGAAGACGACGGUGGAAACGGUGGUAAUCGCGGCGGAGGAGGAGGAGGGUGUGUUUUAAUGGUGGUGGUGUUUAAGGUUUUUAUGGUGGCUGUGCUUGCCUUGAGCACGAAGAAGCUCGCCGUGGGGAUCACGCUCUCCGCUUUUUCCCUUCUCUUCCUCGAGCUCGCGGUGGCGCGUGUCUUCACGUACCUGAAUCUCUGUCCAGACGCGCAGAUUCGGAUAGAUUCAUUGAUCGAUAAACUCAUAGGGAAGCGACAUAAAGAGAAGCUAGAAGAAGAAGAAGAAUCGUUAUCAACGCCUGACAGAAGAAACAAUGUCUCGUCUGAAAUCAUCGAAGAACCUAGAGAGGAAAUUAGAGUCGUUCCUCAAUCGGAUUCGUCGACAUUGGAGAAGGCUAAACCUUUGGUGGAGGAGAAGAAGGACGUGCAAACGAUAAGAGAUGUUGUGUUUAAGACUGAGAAAAGCAAAAGCGCGAAGCUGAAAUCAAAGAUUGUGAAGAAGAUUGUUCCAAAAAAGUUGAGGAGUUAUAAGAAGAAGAAGAAGAUGAAGAUCAAAGAAAAAGAAGAAGAAGAAGCUGAAGUUGAAACUGAAGAAGAAGGGUCUGUGACAGAAGUAUCAAGCUUGUUUUCAGAUGAGAGAAUCGGAAGCGAAAUCUCUGAGAGAGAUGAUUUAAGUUCGAAUCCGCCAUUGUUAGAGAGUUGUACAGAGAUUGAAGAAGAAGAAGAAGAAGAAAUUGGAUCAAAAGGGGAUCUAACGAAAGCGAUGGUUCUGAUAGUGAUUAUUCUUGUUGGAUUGUUAAGUGGGAAAGUCUUUGCUAUUGGUCUGACACUCUCUUGGUGUCUGAUUCUCACAGUGUUCUGCUGCAAAUCUCAAACCAGUCUCUGAGACAGAGGAAAAAUAAAAGAUUCAGACUUUGGGUUCUUUUUUGUUUGUCUGUGUCCGUGGCAGUGGUGGGCCUUAGGAAUCGCCGUUAGUUGUUGACGGUGACGGUGUUGACGGUAGAGAGACGGUGGAGGAAGUGUUGUUGUUGGGUGGUUGGCAGUUCGAAGCUAUAACAAUUGGUUUGCUUAUGAAACUGUAAAUUUUUUUUGUUUUAACAAGAGUUAUUAUAUGAUGGUCAAAGAGUCAAAAGAUGUUGUGUUAAAAAAAAAAAAAAACUGGUGAAUAUAUUAAAAAAUGGUCAUAAUGUUGAUAAUGAAAGGGCAGAGCAAUAACGUU